AUGGCAUCCUCCAGCUCGUCGACACCCAUUCACGGCAACUACCACGGGUACUACAUCAAGCGACCCUUCGCGAACGACCCACGGGUCGCCGUCCUCCCUGCCUCCAUCUUCGAAGGUGCACGCGUGCUAGACGUAGGAUGCAACGAAGGCUGGGUGACGUGCGAAAUUGCACAGUCGAAGGGCGCGAAGAAGGUUGUCGGCGUGGACAUCGACGACAAGCUCGUCAGGUUGGCGUGGAAGCGGAGGCGUCACGUCUGGACACUGCAAGAUCCUUUUACUUCGGGGAAGCAUCAGGAAGAGCAUGAAACUCAGCCUGUCCGAAAGCGCAGGAAGGUCGACGGUGACAACGGAGAAGCUGAGGCUUCGAAGCCCUCCUUGCAGGCAGACUACUUCCCCGCGUCGUUUGAACAUAUGUUCAGUCCGCUACCUAUCCCUCCGGUUGACUACCCAGAUGGCCCUGGGAGAACCGAGUUCCCGCAUAACUUGACGUUCCGCGCGGCGGACUGGGUGAACAAUGAGAUUCUGGAGGAUAAGGAAGGCUAUGAUGCUGUGCUCGCGUUCUCAAUAUCCAAGUGGAUACACCUGAACGGCGAGGACGAAGGGCUGAUGCGCUUCUUCCGACGCGUUCAUUCCGUCCUGAGGGUAGGAGGCACCUUCGUACUGGAACCUCAGGAAUGGGAGUCGUAUCAUAAAGCGAGGCGAAUGAACCCGAAACUCAAGAGUCUGGAACACCUGAAGUUGCGUCCAGACGACUUCGAAAGGAUACUGCGCGACAUUGGCUUUGGUCCUCCUGAGCAUCUGGGGAAGAUCGGUGAAGGAGGAUUCAAGCGACCAAUUGAUGUCUACACGAAGUUGAAUUGA